AUGACAGCAACUGCAGGAAUAGAAGACGAAGAGGAUCCAGAUGACGAAGAAUUGAAUAGCAAUAAUGCAAACAGUCCCUCUAAAAGAUCCGGUCGUCGUAAGAUAAAGAUUGAAUUUAUAGAAGACAAGACAAGAAGACAUAUAACCUUUUCAAAAAGAAAAGCUGGUAUCAUGAAGAAGGCUUACGAGCUAAGUACACUUACAGGAACGCAAGUCUUAUUGUUAGUGGUGUCUGAAACCGGACUUGUCUAUACAUUUACUACGCCUAAAUUACAACCAUUAGUGACUAAACCAGAGGGCAAAAAUUUGAUUCAAUCCUGUUUAAAUUCCUUCGAAGAAGAAGAUCAACAGCAACAUCAACAACAGCAGCAAAUCACGAAUAAUGACAGUAAUGAUGAUGAAAAUAGUUACCUUCCUUCAACAGUUGUAGGUUCGACUACAUCUCCUUCUAUGGUAAGUUUUUUUCUUUUCUUUCUUUUUUGA